AUGUCACAGUACGAUUCCUCUUCCUGGAGCGGGGCCGGUCGCGGGACGCGCCGCAAGAAGGUCUACGAUUACCUCAAGGCGGCGAACGAGCUGCGGCAGACGUAUGCGGCGCAGUGGGCGGCGCAGCUGAACGGGCAAGGGGGGCAGGGGUCGCAACGGGACUACGGCGAUGAGUACUACACCAGCGAUGCGCCGGGGGCGUUUCCGGACGUGGAGAUUGCGCGGUCCGGGCUGGAGGAGAUGGUGAUUUUUCCGAGUUAUGGGCGGCGGAUUGUGAGGGAUGAUUCUGGUAGAAAUGAGGAUGUGGUGGGUGCGGAUCAUGAUGAUGACCCGUGGGCCCGGCGGAGGGGCUCGAAUGCCACGAUCGAUGAGUAUCGUGGUGUCGACGCGGACCCGAACACGGUGGCGGGGUUCGAUGACUAUGCGGAGAAGAAUGCCGUGGUCUCGGUGGAUGUGCGCGGCUGGUUGUAUGCGCCGCAUCGCGGGCCGAUGACGCGGAAGCAUCGGUUAAUGAUUGCGCUGGCUAGGAAGCUGAGUGGCGUGCCGGCUCCGGCGAAUAAUGCGGGUGCUGCUGGCGCGGGGGACGAUUCGGGGGGGAAGACUGAUCGGCGUGAGGAGGAGCUGGUCGAUACGGAGGCUCAGUCCAUUAUCAAGGGGGCGGAGGGCCGCGCGGAUUCGGCGUGGAAGGAGAGUGCCUUGGGGGACAGAGAUAACAAUCCCGGGGUCAUGACCAAGGACGAGCUUUCGAUGGCCAAUGCGCAUCUGAUGGAGCGGCUGCGGCCGUUUCUCACCAACCCCGUCACGGAUAUGCCGGUGACCGUGUUCUUCUUCGACGAGACCCGGAGUCAGUCGAGGAGUAUCAUGACGGAUGUGUCCGGCCACUUCAGGAUGCGCGCCGCCCUGCCCUUCGUCCCGACCCAUAUCCGCGUCCUCGCCUCGGAGAAUCUGUCGGUCGUGAAGGAGGUUCAGAUCAUCGAGCCCUCCGGGAUCAGUUUGAUCAGUGAUAUCGACGACACGGUGAAACACUCGGCCAUUGCGAGCGGUGCAAAGGAGAUCUUCCGGAAUACCUUCGUUCGCGAGUUGGCCGAUUUGACGAUCGAGGGCGUCGCGGACUGGUACAACCAGCUGGCUAAGAUGGGGGUGGAUUUCCAUUACGUCUCGAACGCGCCGUGGCAGCUCUACCCGCUCCUGGAGCGGUACUUCAAGCAAGUCGGCCUACCUCCGGGGUCCAUCCAUCUCAAGCAAUACAGUGGGAUGCUCCAGGGAAUCUUUGAGCCUACGGCGGAGCGGAAGAAGGGCAACCUCGAGCAGAUCCUGAAAGACUUCCCUUCGCGGAAGUUCAUCCUGGUCGGCGAUAGCGGCGAGGCGGAUCUGGAGGUCUACACCGAUAUCGUCCUGGCCAAUCCAGGCAGGAUUCUGGGCAUCUUCAUCCGCGACGUCACCACAACGCCUAAGAAAGAAUUCUUCGAGAAGUCCGUGGACUAUCUGGAACACAGAGUGUCCGCGAGUCGCAGCGAUCCCCAGCUUGUCGACGACUCCGAUGCAGCCCCCAAGCGGCCGGCGCUCCCGCCUCGCCGGCCUCUGGCGUCAUCGGUCAACAACCCAUCUGCAGAUGCCAUCAGCCUGGACAAUGGAGACCAGAUUGAUCUCCGUGAUGAUGACGAGCGGGAAGCCUCAUCUCGGGAAAUAAAGACCCCCGCCGUAUCUCUCGCCGGACGGGCACCCCCGGCUAAACCGUCGAAGCCUUCCUCUCUGCGCUCGAAUUCAACGAACGCCGAUAUCUCGGUGGGGGAGUCGAUCAAACGGAAGCCCGUGCCUCCACUACCGCCGCGUCGGUCUUCCACCAAGCCCGAAGUCUCGCAGGACCGGACCGCAGCUGUGGAGCACACGAUGCAGCAACUACCCACGCGGCCGAAGACCGCCGGUUUCGACCAGGAGAUGGGCGAUGCCAAGCCCACCCGCUCGAAACAAGCUCCGCCUCCACCUCCGCCUCGUCGAGCCAACACACUGGCAUCCGUUGAAAGCUCCGGCUCAUCCCAGCAAUCCACAGCCAACCGUCCCACCCCGCCUCAGAAACCACCGCAGCAGCAGCAGCAGCAGCAGCAGCAGCAAUCCUACCCCGCAGCAGCAGCCUCCGCAGCCUUGCAGUACGCCUCCGAACGCCUCAACUGGUCCGCCUCCCCGGCCAACAUCCUCCGCUCCACGCAGUCGAACUCCUCACUUAAUCGAGCCAACACCGGCAGCGGGGGCGGCGGUGCCACGGACCGGACCGGGGGGUUCGAGAAUCCGCCGCCCGCCGCACCGCUGCCGAAUAAGAGGGAGGAGAUGUGGCGGCGUCGGUGGGAGCGCGCGCAGGAGCUGCUUGAGACCCGCGGUGUGGUGCUGGGGAGCUGGCGGGUCGGUCGGGAUGCGCAGGAUGUGAGUGUGUGGUUGGUGGAGGAGGCAAUGAGGGAGGUGAGGGGGGUGAAGAAGGGUGAUCGUUAG